GUAAUCAACGCAUUUGUUAACGGGGACGGCCUAUUUAUCGGAAAUCCGUUUCUAGAUGCAAAUUCACGGACCGACCCGGCCCAUGCCCGCUUAAAACCCUAAUCGUCCCAAGCUAGGUUUUGAAGUCGCGAUCUGGAACCAGUAUAUAAACGAAACUAUUCUUCUUCCAUUUCUUCCAUUUUCCCAACUCUAAACUUUCCGAUCGGAAGAGCGGCGGCCGAAAAUGUCUCACGAAGGUCUCAGCCUCCGCGGAACCAUGAAGGCCCACACCGAUUGGGUCACGGCGAUCGCUACUCCGGUGGAUCACACCGACAUCAUCGUCACCGCUUCCCGUGACAAAUCGCUGAUCUACUGGCGCCUGGCUAAAGACGGCUCGCAAAUCUACGUCCCCCAUCGCCGCCUCACCGGGCAUUCUCACUUCGUCCAGGACGUUGUUCUCUCGUCCGACGGCCAGUUCGCUCUCUCCGGUUCGUGGGACGGCGAGCUCCGUCUCUGGGACCUCCAGACGGGAGCCACUGCGCGUCGGUUCGUCGGCCACACAAAGGACGUCCUUUCCGUGGCGUUUUCCGUCGAUAAUCGUCAGAUUGUUUCCGCGUCCAGGGACAAGACAAUUAAGCUGUGGAACACUCUCGGCGAGUGCAAGUACACUAUUCAGGACGCCGACGGUCACAGCGAGUGGGUUUCUUGCGUUCGAUUCAGCCCUAACAAUGUCCAUCCCACGAUCGUCUCUGGAUCUUGGGAUAAAACUGUGAAGGUGUGGAAUUUGACCAACUGCAAGCUUCGUGCCACGCUUGCUGGCCACACAGGGUAUGUGAACACCGUUGCUGUUUCUCCCGAUGGCUCUCUGUGUGCCAGCGGAGGGAAAGAUGGAGUUAUUCUCCUCUGGGAUUUGGCCGAAGGAAAGAAGCUUUACAGCCUUGAAGCAGGAUCGAUCAUUCACGCUCUUUGCUUCAGCCCUAACAGGUACUGGCUCUGUGCUGCUACUGAAGCCAGCAUUAAGAUUUGGGAUUUGGAGAGCAAGAGCAUUGUUGUGGAUCUCAGAGUAGAUCUCAAGAUUGAGAGCGAUCUCCCUAAGACUGAAGGAACUACACCUUCCAAGACCAAGGUGAUAUUCUGCACGAGCUUGAGUUGGAGUGCCGACGGAUCGACUCUUUUCAGCGGAUAUACAGAUGGUGUCAUCAGAGUUUGGGUGGUAGGACCCGUCACUCGAUACUAAACAUGACAAUCAAAAUGCUGCAAAUGGAAACUGCAGACCGGUGAUUUGAUAUCGUUUAGAAUUCUCUCGUUUUCUUGUUAAGAACACAAUGCCUUUUCUUUGUGUUUUUAGACAAAUAUCUGCUCUCUUUUUGCUUUCUCGGAUGAUACUGUGUUUUUUUUUCUGUUUGCAAGACCAAUGGUUUAUUCUUCUGCUUUCAUCUCCAGAUUUUCUCUUUUGUUGUGGAGUUUUUCUUCUACUCUUGGGAAAUUAAUUAUUUUUUGAAGG